GAGCUGCGAAAAAACCACGACAACGACGCCGACAAUCGACAGCCCAAGCCGACAAGAUGGGUGCCUUGAAAUACGUUGAGGAGCUUCAAAAGAAGAAGCAGUCCGAUGUCCUUCGCUUCUUGUUGCGUGUCCGUUGCUGGGAGCUCCGUCAACUUAAUGUGAUCCACCGUGCUUCCCGCCCAUCGCGCCCUGACAAGGCUCGUCGUCUCGGAUACAAGGCCAAGCAGGGAUACGUUAUCUACCGUGUCCGUGUUCGCCGUGGUGGACGCAAGCGACCUGCUCCUAAGGGUGCCACCUAUGGCAAGCCCACCAACCAGGGUAUCAACCAGCUCAAGUACCAGCGCUCUCUCAAGUCUACCGCUGAGGAGCGUGUUGGUCGUCAUGCCGCCAACUUGCGUGUCUUGAACUCCUACUGGAUCAACCAGGACUCGACCUACAAGUACUACGAAGUCAUCUUGGUUGACCCCCAGCACAAGGCCAUCCGCCGCGAUCCCCGCAUCAACUGGAUCGUCAAGCCUGUCCACAAGCACCGCGAAGCUCGUGGUCUUACUGCCACCGGCAAAAAGUCCCGUGGUAUCAACAAAGGUCACGGCUACACCAAGACCAACGCCGGCCGAAGAAAGACCUGGUUGCGCCACAACACCCAGAGCUACUGGCGCUACCGCUAGACGUGAGGCAAUUAAAAUUGGGUGGUGGACGAUGGAACUGUGGUAUUACCUGGUUAUUCUCUUGCACUACUGCUUAUGUGUCGAGAUGUCUCUGGGAGACUAUCAUAGUGACAACAAAAAUUCAUUUUCAAUUAUGAUUUAUUCUACUAUUACUAUUACUCAGGGUUUCAGCGUGUUAUGAUUGGUUUUUGUUACGACAGGAGUCGUCUUGUGUCUUGAUCUUCAAAGUGUGACGACUGAAAAUAAAUUAACGUCAAUUGAUAAUAUCACGUCUGCCCUCUAA